CUGCGCGCGCACCUCCGCGCCGCGGUAUUCACCAAUCGCGCGCCAGUGAAUUACGAAUGUGUUCUAUUUGACAUUUCCAACGGCAUUAUGUUUUCCUAUAGUAGUUUGUUUAUUUUUGUCAUUUUUUGGAUAUCAGCGGUUUCGCCUAUUGCCGAUGUUGAAGGUGACGAUGAAGUGUUACACUUGAUCGGCGAGCCAGACUUCCGCGACGUGCGGCUUCGAUGGGAGUACGGGCAAGCUGAAGAGGACCAGCCCAAGCUCCUGGCUUUCCAGGUCAACUACUGCGAACUACAGGCCUGGGGCCAGUACCGCUGCCGAACUAAGGUCGUCGAAAACAUAGAAGACGACAAAGCCCGCACCGUGGAGUCAUCGACGACGGCAGCGCCGCGGCGCGGGCGCGCGUACAGCACGCGCGUGACCGGCCUGCGCAUGGCCACCACCUACUCGUUCGAGGUGCGCCCGGUCAGGCGCGACGCGCGCGACCUCGCCGACCCGCACUCCAUCGGCUCCAAAAUCAUCAUCGUGCCGACAAAAGGAUUUUCAGCCCGCGCGACUCAAUGCUUACCUCACGCCAGCGAAGUAGAGGUGUCAACCGGGCCCUACUUCGGCGGUCGGAUCGCCGUGGAGGCCGCGGACGGCGGCAGCGGAGCCGCGGAGCGAUGCUCGCUGCAGGGCAAUCCCAACAGUGCACAAGACGCUUACAUACUGCGGUUCCAUCAUGAUGAGUGCGGCUCUGAGGUCAAUGACACUACAGUCGCUACGUAUGUCAUCGUGCAAGAGAAUCUUCCGAUACUUACACACAGCACAAGACGUUUCCUGGUCCUCUGCACAUACAAGCCAGAGACCCUGACCGUCCGCGCCGGCAUCAACCUGCCCAAGGCCAACCCCGGUGACGUGCUGCUGCACACGAAACCUCACCCCGGCUCUGUGGAGCCUUAUGAUGAUGAUGAUUACAAUGAGCUGCAGCCGCUUAGACUUGAGGCCAGGAAACAGGAGAGUGACCCAAGUAUGUUCGGCGAAGUAUCCCUGGUCAUGUUUUUGGUGGUAGCCGCAUUCGGCGGCAUCGGACUCCUGAUCUGGAAGAUGGUUCCUCGAUCGGACGGCGACGACGUGUCUAUUUCAACUUCGUCUACCUUGUCUCGCAGCAGCAUCUUCGGUAGGAGGAACAGAGACAGAUUCUCCGACGGCACAUCCAUCUACUCCAUCACGUUAUCAGAAAAAGAUGACGAUUACGUCAAGAAACCAUGCGAGGGCGAUAACACAUCAGAAGCUUAGAUAAUCUUGUGUUCGUUUUGCAGUGUGUUUUGAUCUAGAUUGUAGCUAGGUAAUCAUACUUAGUUUUUAUUAUCUAACGGAGAUUUGUGGGAAUACGAGAUGGGACAAACGGAGCCAUUAGGUUUAAUCCUUGUCGGAACAGUUAGUACUCCACCGCAGCGAACUAAUAGCUGAGUAAUUUACAAUUUAUUUGAUAUAAAAUUGUGGCGUUACAUAAUAAACGCAACUGAUUGUUACAGGCGCUUUGGUAUGUCCAAAUGUGACCUCUGUACGACGUACUUAACUUACCUAUUAGUAUCUUGUACAUAGAGGUCAUAAAGAUUUGCCGCGAUACAUGUACCUAGGGGAGAAUCGUAUGGGAAACAAGGUUCGCUAAGAUAUAUUUAUUAAUUUUAAAUUGAUCUAAAAUAAUAAUUAUUUAUAUUUUGUAAUAAUCUAAUCAGAACACAGUGUUAUUUUUUUACUGAGUUAUUUAUAAUUUAUUGAUAAUUAUGGUUUGAUAAAUGAUGAAGUCUCCCCUAAAAUGAAGCAGUGCAAAAAUCAGUUCAAACAAAUGAUUUGUCUAAAAGUACCUGUUUUAGGAUGACUAGAACUAGAUUUACUCAUGGCUAAUAUAAUAGAAAAUACAAUUUAGUAACAAGACUAGGCCAGUACCUAGGCAAUUAAAUCAUUUUUAAGACCUCAUUCCUCACUCAGCUACUGAAUUUUACUAUGUUUACAGAUUUGCAUAACCAAAUACAAAAUAAUUAUAAUAAUAAGUGUGUGAUCUGCUUAAAAUAACGCUUACCUUAUAUUAUACGUCUAUCAAUUUAACCCUUGGUUCCCCGAUGUCUAAAGGCGUAGAAGAAAAUCAUAUCGUACCCAAAGAGCUAAUUUUGAAAGCAUGAUAUUGGCUGAAUCGGCUUGCUUAUUGUAUAAAUCUACGAUUUUUAGAUAUCAAAGGAUAAAUAAAACAUAAUUAGUGUGUGUAUUAUGGACUGAAUAAACCAAGAAUUUAACACUUUCUUUGGUUUUAACUUUAAGACUUUCAUCUUAUUUAGGCUAUUUAAAUUAGUUAUAAGUGAAACCAGUGUGAUGAAUAAAAACAAUACAAAA